AUGGAGCCUAAUACCAUUUCUUCAUUACAAAAUAAUAUCACACUUACUCCGACUACCUCAAAUGCAAGCGAAAGCGCGCUCACUCUGACUACUUCCAACAUGAGUGAAACUGCACUCACUCAGACUACUUUUAACUCAAGUAUGCUUGAUAAUUUAUUACUGGAACCUGUUUACGACGAUUAUAAUGAAAGUGAAAAUUGGAAUGAGAGAACGUCAGCAAUAAUACGUUCGAAGAUAGCUGCUGUACGUGAUUAUAUUAUUGAACAAUCUGAUGGUUCAAAAAUUUGCAAAAUAUGUCGUGCUCGCUUUGGAAAGAAAACUGCAACAUCAACAAUUACUCGCCAUUUUGAUGUAAAGCAUCAUAGUACUUAUCUUGCAAUAAAUCAGCGUGUUCUUGAUAUCAAACGCUUUCAGCCCUAUGGACGCAAAGAUCAGGUCAAAAUUGAUGAUAUCAACAAUAAGCUUACACAUUGGAUUGUUGCAGAUCAAAUGCUCUUUAUACUUAUGGAUAGCGGGUGGUUUAAAUCCUUUAUUCAUUCACUUAAUGAAAGAUAUACUCUUCUUUGUCGACAAAUAAUUGCGAAACAACGAUUCAAAGAAAUAAAGACAAUAACUGAUAUCCUUGUUACAAAACAUCAAAAUCUUCAAGAUAUUUAUUUGACAUAUGCUGAGCGCAAUAUAUUACAA